AUGUACAAAAAAUCGAAUCAAAUAUUCACCCUCUACAAACCAAAUCCCAUACCGAAACCUAGAAAGAAUUUAAACACGUCCAGACGAAAUUUUCAUCAAUGCUUGAAAUGGAUGCUGCUGGUAGCUCAGUGUUUUGGGCAAAUUCCCGUGAUUGGUAUUACCGAUCCCAGCGCAAGAUCUUUGCAGUUCAAGUGGAAAAGUUGGAGAACAGUCUACGCCCUACUGAAUUGUCUGGGAUCCGUUUGUCUGACUGGAACAUUUUUGGGAAACUUGCUCGUGAAUGGAAUGGAUCUUUUCUCCUCUACAUCUGUCGCAUUUCACGUCAAUACUAUGGUUGUAACGUUACUGUUUUUUAAUUUGUCGAAAAACUGGCCACAUCUGAUGAAUAAAUGGGCAGACGUAGAAGACUCGAUGAGUAGUUAUGGAUGGCCCAAGUAUUUGGAUAUUAGAAUCAAUGGCACUGUCCUAGUUGUUUUAACUGUGGCAAUAAUAGAAACGUCCAUUGUAAAAGUCCAAAAAUUUCUCUUAUCGAGCGCAAACGGAAAAGACGAAUCCCUAUUUGAGUAUUAUAUCACCGCGCUGAUGUAUCCCCAUGUGUUUCAACGUAUAGAGUACUCAAUAUGGUGGGCAAUUCCCAUGCAGAUCAUCAAUAUUUUACUAACAUUUGCUUGGACAUUUAAUGAUCUUUUUCUGAUACUAAUCAGCACCGGACUGGCCGUCAGAUUUCAACAAGUUACUGCAAAAUUACGAAUUUUGAAAAACACAAAGAAUACCAGUUUGGAUGAUUGGAGAGCAAUAAGAGAGGAUUAUAACAGACUAAGCCAGUUGACAAAAACCGUAGAUGACGCCCUAUCAUUCAUGAUACUGGCCUCAUACACGAACAACCUCUUCUUUAUCCUUGUUCAACUUUUCAACAGCUUAAGGUCGAUGAAAGAUACCUUAGAAAAGGUUUAUUUCUUCUUCUCUUUCGGUUUCAUGAUAAUCCGAACGGUUAGCGUGUCAAUGUAUGGUGCUUGGAUCUACGACGAAAGUAAAGAACCGGCUACAACCCUGAACUCAAUUUCUUCAGACACAUACAAUCCAGAGAUAAAAAGGUUCAUUGAUCAAAUUAAGUUUGAUACUGUUGCGUUAUCUGGCAAGCAUUUCUUCUAUAUAACCAGGGGGCUUAUUUUAAGCAUGGCCGGUGCAAUUGUUACCUACGAAUUGGUUUUAAUACAAUUUAAUGUUAAUCUGUUACAAGAUGGUACGUCUGAAACUUAA